AUUAACAGAACGCAGUUUGUUGUAUUUGUCGUGUUUGUUUAUAUUCACGAGCCUGUAAACUAUCCUUUCCCGUCAUGUCGUCCGAUUUUGAGACCUACGAACAGGACUUCGGCACCCUUACAGCCGACAUAACCAACAAGAUCGGCAGGAUACCCAAACUAAGUGGUGAGGAGAAGACACAGCUGGUUCUAAAUGUGGACAAGCAGCUUGAGGAGGCCAGAGAGCUGAUGGAGCAGAUGGAUCUGGAGGUGCGGGAGAUUCCUGCCCAGAGCAGAGCCAUGUACACCACUCGCCUCCGCAGCUACAAGCAGGAGAUGGACAAGCUGGAGAAGGACUUUAAAAGGUCACGGAUUGCCUACAGUGAUGAGGUUCGCACGGAGCUGCUGGGGGAGGAUGCUGCUUCCUCAGAGAGUCAGAGAGCGCAUCUGUUGGACAACACAGAGAUGCUGGAAAGGUCAUCGCGCAGACUGGCGGCAGGCUACCAGAUAGCUGUGGAGACCGAACAAGUGGGCCAAGAGAUCCUGUCCAACCUGCACACUGACCGCGAGAAGAUUCAGAGAUCCCGAGAUCGGCUGAGGGAGACAGAUGCUAACCUGGGCAAGAGCUCACGCAUCCUCACGGCAAUGCUCAGAAGGUAAGAGGAAGGAUCAUCCAGAACCGGAUCCUGGUCUUCAUCCUGGGAGCCAUCCUCCUCCUCGUCAUCGUCCUGGCCGUCUUCUUCAAGAUGAGAAGCCGCUGAUCCCCCUGCCCAACAUUCCUCUGCGUGUGUGUGUGUCUGUGUGAGAGAGAGAGAGAGAGAGAGAGUGUGUGUGUCUGUGAUUAAUAAUGACAGAAGCAUUGGGUUCGAGUAAUUAGGACAAAUUGUUCACAUGAAUCAUUCUUUUCUCAGCAUUGACACGGGGGGCGGGGACUGUAGAGGGUUGAGUGGUUCAGUCAACGGCUGUGUGUGUGUGUGUGUGUGUGUGUGUGUGUGUGUGGCGGGGGGGUGUCAGCAUGUGACUGAGUGACUCGUUAAGUGAACAUGUGUGUGUGUGUGUGUAACGGAGGGAAUAGGUUUCAUUCCUUUUUUUCUUGUUCUCGUUGUUAAUAUUGUGUUUCCUGAUUCUAGUCUUUGCAUGGAGCCCCGCCCCUCCCCCUCAGAGGUGGAACAAACGCUCUGAUUGGACAGAAAGCAGGAAGUGAUGAAAGACUGUACGCAUAUUCAAUGGCACAAAGCGUUUAUCUGUUCUCUGUUUUUAUUGCUUUUUAUAUCUCCAGCUUUGGUUUGUGGUUUGUCAGAUGUUAACAUGUACUGUACACUCUACUCACACACACACACACACACACACCCAUGCACAGACACACAGAUAGAGAGAGAAACCCCCUCACAAGUUUGACUUUUUAAGAAGAGUGCAGUGUUCACUGGCCUUGUAAUCCAGACCAGAUCCAAGUUUAAACCAGAUCCCAGUUUAAACUAGACCAGAUCCCAGUCUAAACUACUCCAGAUCCCAGUUUAAACCAGAUCCCAAUUGAAGCUACACCAGAUCCAAAUUUAAAGUAGACCAGAUCCCAGUUUAAACUAGAUCAGAUCCCAGUUUAAACUACACCAGAUCCCAGUUUAAACCAGAUUCCAAUUUAAACUACACCAGAUCCCAAUUUAAACUAGACCAGAUCCCAAUUUAAACAAGUCCCACUUGUUUGAGUGUGCUGUGGGGGUCGUGUGUGUGUGUGUGUGUGUGUGUGUGUGUGUGUGUCUGUGUGUGUGUGUGAUGACUAACGAUAUGAAUGAGCUGCAGUGUGCUCACACACACACCUGAUGACUGACUGCGGUGUGUAUUUAUUUGUGCUGUUGGAAGCUGUCUUCAUGUCCUUCUCUGGCGUUUAUGUGUGUAAAGAGUAAAGUCCCCCGAUACAUCA